AUGAAAUUGUCACACUUCCUCGCGUGCUCGCUGGCCUCAUUGGCAUCGGCUUCUGUCGUUGCAUUGGAGAACGACACUCCUGUUGGAGCCGCUAUUUCUCUGCCACGAUCUAAUUCUUUGCUGGCCCGCUUUCCCUUUUCAAACAACAAGCACCGCAAGGACAACUGGGGCAAUCGCGUUGAGAAGGACCGGAAGGAGAUUACCAUACGAGCCUCAAAGAAUGACCACGACGACGUCAGCGCAGACUUCCUCUGGGCUUUGAAGAGAGCGAACCAUGGAGGCCUUGUGCAUCUCAAGAAGGGGAAAAAGUAUGUGAUAGGCAAGAAGUUGGAUCUUACCUUCCUAAAUGAUGUAUACGUCAAGCUAGAUGGCGAGCUCAAGUUCACAAACGACAUCGAGUACUGGCAAGCCAAUAACUUCUACUACGCUUUCCAGAAAAGCAUUACAUUCUGGGUAUGGGGUGGCAAGGAUAUCAAAAUCUAUGGCUCCGGUGUCAUCAAUGGUAACGGGCAAGCAUGGUGGGAUGGCUUCUCUGGCGCAGAGAUCCUUGAUCCCAACAACAAAUACUAUCGUCCCAUCCUCUUUCUCACCGACAACGCUACCAACAUCGAGGUCUCAGGUCUUCAUCUGAAAGACUCACCUUGUUGGACGACCUUCUUUGUGCGAACCAAAAACGUCGUAUUUGAUGAUGUCUACAUUGAUGCAGUUUCCACCAACGCCUCGACGCUGCCCAAGAAUACCGACGGCUUUGACUCGCUCAAUGUCGAUGGGCUGACUGUAACAAACACCCGUGUCAAUGUCGGCGACGAUUGCUUCUCGCCAAAGCCCAAUACGACGAACAUCUUUGUCAAAAAUCUCUGGUGCAACGGCACUCACGGCGUAUCGAUGGGCUCCAUUGGACAAUACCCUGGCGUCAAGGAUUACAUUUCGAAUGCCUGGAUCGAGAACGUCACCCUGCUCAAUGGUCAGAAUGGUGCUCGUCUCAAGGCCUGGGCUGGGCCGAAUGUCGGCUACGGUUUUAUCGACAACAUUACCUACAAGGACAUCCACAUUGAGAACACCGAUGCUCCUGUCGUCCUGGACCAAUGCUACUUCAACGUCAACGAAACGACAUGUGCAGCGUACCCGUCGAAGGUCAACAUUACAAACGUCAAAUUCUUGAACAUUUCGGGUACUAGCAGUGGGAAGAACGGCAAGGUAGUCGCGGAUCUUACCUGUAGCCCCGGCGCAACCUGCAACGGGAUUCAUCUUGAAGACAUCAAUCUGACAAGCCCUGCUGGCAGUCCAUCGCAGAUCGUCUGUGACAAUAUUCAGGGGGACAUUGGAGUGGACUGUAUCCCUGCGAGUGAGGCAGAUGAUUGAGUAACAUAGAUGCUUGUACCUAGGUAUUGCUGCCCUCCGUAUUGAGAAAUGGAAAAGCUA